CGGCAACGGCUCCCCCGGCCCCGCCGCGCACCCGGGCAGGCGCACGCUCGGCGGAGCCGCCCCUCCUCCGCCGCCCGCCUUCCCCCGCGCAUGGCGCUGAGCGCGGCAGCCCCCAGCUCCGCACGUAAGUAACGGCCCCGACGCGCCUUUGUGCGCGGGCCCUCCGCAGCUGAGGGGCUGCACCGGUCGUCUGGCGCUUUCGGCCGCGCCCCUGCCGGCACCGGGGACAGGGGGAGCCCGGUCAGAGAGGCCGCGGCCCGGCCCGGGGGCUCGGCUCGUCGGAGCCCCGGGGCCGGGGAAGGUGCCCGGGGCCCGGGCCGGGCUGUGACGGCGCCUCAGGACUGCGCUCUGCCCCGCGGCGGUGGUGGCGCGGGCGCGGCUCGCGGUGACUCCCCCGGGCCGGGGCGGCGGCGGGCGCUGAGCCCUCAGCGCGGAUGGAAAGUGGGGGUGAUGCUAGAGCGGCACCUCGGCGGGGCGGCAGAGGCGGCGGCCGUGGCGGGGUUCCAGCGGCUGCCGAGCCCGGCGCUCCCCCGGCCGCGGAGACUAGCGUGAAUAUGGAUGGGCCCGGCGGCAGCGGGAGCGGGGCCGACGCGGACACGGACGCUCCUGCAGCGCCGGCAGCCCCAGGGGCCCUCCCGCCUCCCCGCGGCCCCGGCUCUAGGGACAGCAAGCUGGUCCAUCAGCGGUUCCUGCGGAGGAGCGUGGUGGACUCGGACCAGGAGGAGCCUGCCUUCGACCUGCCCGAGGCGGAGAACCAGCGAAGAAUCAUCCUGCUCCCAAAAACCAGGAGGAUAAUCGCGGAGCGGGCGAAGACGGGGCAGGAGGCGGCGGGCCGGGAGGCUGAGGGCUCCAGGGAGCCGCGGGCAACGCCGGCCGCGGGCAGCGCUGCGGGUGCUGAGGAGCAGAAGGAGCCAGGCAAGGAUGCGGAGCGGAGAGAGGCGCAGGAUGCUGCCAAGGACCAGGGCAAGGCUAAGAAAGAGGAGCCCGAGGAGGAGGCUGAUAUGAAAGCGGUUGCCACCUCGCCGGAUGGCAGGUUCCUAAAGUUUGACAUUGAACUCGGGCGAGGAUCCUUCAAAACGGUCUACAAGGGUCUGGACACAGAGACGUGGGUGGAAGUCGCGUGGUGUGAGCUGCAGGACAGAAAACUCACAAAAGUAGAGAGGCAGAGAUUUAAAGAGGAAGCAGAAAUGUUGAAAGGUCUACAGCACCCAAACAUCGUGAGGUUUUAUGACUUCUGGGAAUCCUGUGCAAAAGCCAAAAGAUGCAUCGUGCUGGUUACCGAGCUGAUGACCUCUGGAACGCUGAAGACGUAUCUGAAGAGGUUUAAAGUGAUGAAACCUAAAGUCCUGCGGAGUUGGUGUCGGCAAAUCUUGAAGGGUCUUCUUUUCUUACACACAAGAACUCCACCAAUAAUUCACAGAGACUUGAAAUGUGAUAAUAUUUUUAUUACUGGACCAACUGGAUCUGUGAAAAUAGGAGACUUGGGUCUGGCAACACUCAAAAGAGCUUCAUUUGCCAAAAGUGUCAUAGGAACACCAGAAUUCAUGGCCCCAGAAAUGUACGAGGAGCACUAUGAUGAAUCUGUGGAUGUCUACGCAUUUGGAAUGUGCAUGCUGGAAAUGGCUACCUCAGAAUACCCUUACUCAGAAUGCCAGAAUGCUGCUCAAAUCUACCGAAAAGUAACCUGUGGUAUAAAGCCAGCAAGCUUUGAGAAAGUUACUGAUCCUGAAAUUAAGGAGAUAAUUGGGGAGUGCAUCUGCAAAAACAAAGAAGAAAGAUAUAAAAUUAAAGAUUUAUUAAGUCAUGCCUUUUUUGCUGAAGAUACUGGGGUAAGAGUGGAACUUGCGGAAGAAGACCAUGGUAGGAAAUCCUCAAUUGCCUUAAGACUCUGGGUAGAAGAUCCUAAGAAACUGAAAGGAAAACCCAAAGAUAAUGGAGCCAUUGAGUUUACUUUUGAUCUGGAAAAGGAAACUCCUGAUGAUGUUGCACAAGAAAUGAUUGACUCGGGGUUUUUCCACGAGAACGAUCUCAAGAUCGUGGCCAAGUCCAUCCGUGACCGAGUGGCGCUGAUCCUCUGGAGGAGGGAGCGCAUCUGGCCCAGGAUGCAGUCGGAGGAGCGCCGCGACUCGGAAUGCCUGGACAAACUGAAGGCGCCGCAGGCACAGCAGGUCCAGGUCACCUACCUGUCCCACACGGGCCACCACAUCCUGUCGGAGCCGGAGGAGCCGGAGGCAGACCAGCACCCCUUCCAGCAGAACCUGCCCACCAGCGUCACCUCUGUCGCUUCUGACAGCACGUUUGACAGUGGCCAGGGCUCCACUGUUUAUUCAGACUCACAGAGCAGCCAGCAAAGCGUCAUCUACUCGUCCCUGCCAGACACUGUCCCUCCUGCCAUCCAGAGGGUGUACAGCCCUCCCCUGAGUGAGGGCCAGCCUGUGCCCCACAGCCUCCCCCAGCUUGGCCACUACCAGCAGCCCUCAGCACCUGUCCUGCCCGCGGUGCCAGCCACGCCUGCCGUGGUGCCCCAGCACUACCAGGAGCCAGCGAUGCCAUUCCCCGUGGUCCCCAGCACCGUGGCCUCGCUGCCAAUGGGGCAGGCGCCGCCACCCGUGCUGGCCGGCCAGCAGCAGCAGCCCAUCUCGCAGGCAGCGUCCCUGCAGCAGGUGCUCAGCAGCCAGCCCGUGUGCCCGCUGCCGCCAGCCCCCCACCUGCUGCCGCCGUUCCCGGCGCAGGGCUCGCAGGUGCCCGCCAGCAGCACCCCCCUGAAGCCCCUGCAGAUCUCCACCGUGCCGCAGCUCCCGCCUGUGGCCCCUUCCCAGAUUCCUCAGUUUCCUGUCAUUCCUGCAAUUACUCCUCUGGCAGGACUAGACAGUCUUCCUCCAAAUCUGUCUGACAUCCCUCCUGCAAACGUGCCCCCCAUUCCUGCUCCCUCCCAGUACUUUGCUCCAGCCGUGAUCCUGCCCAUGAACCCCACGCUGCCCAUGGCACCUAACUCUCCUGCCCUGCCCAUGCAGGCUGUCAGCCUGCCUCACACCACCGUGGCUUCUGUGGUCCUACCCUGCCAGCCCAUCGUGCCGAACAUGCCGGCGGCCACCAUCCCGCUGCUGGCGGUGGCGCCGCCGGGGGUGCCCCCGCUGCCGCCGCAGCCCGUGUUCCAGCCCGCCUUCCAGCCGCGCCUGCCCGCCGACGCGCCCAGCUCCCAGCCCGUGGCCCAGCCACAGCCACCUCCUCCGGCCCUGCAGCCCAGCGUGAUCCACCCUCCCGAGCCGGCUCACCAGCCCGUGCCUGGACACACUCAGUUUGCUCUAGAAGCUGGAGCCCAGGUGCCCAUGCUGCCAGUGCAACCCUCCAUGGUCAUGUCACCACCGUUGCAGCUGCAGCCAGAGCUGGUGCCGCCCUGCGUCGCUCCCGAUGGCAUUGCCCAGGUCCAUGGCAGCCUUGCCACAGCUGCCCCACCCGCCCCCAUAGAGCCUGGCCCGCCUCUCCAGCCCUCUGCUCUGCUGCAGCUCCAGCCUGAUCUUUCCCAGCCACUGGGCCAGCAGCUCCCAGCUCCCUGCUCAGCUGUCACGGCAGCCACAGAGACAUCUCAAGAGGAGCAGGCAAUACAGGACAAACUCCAAGCUCUGUCCCAGAGUUGCGAAAGCUACAUGAGUCCAGAUGUUGCUUCUGGUAAGGAGAUGAAUGACAGCUUGGAAGGAGCAACAGGAAGUGGAAAGCAAGAAGGAAAGUCUUCAAAGAAGCAUAAGAAAUCCACGCGUGCUCGUUCGCGCCAGGAGAAGUCCAGCAGACCCAAACUGACCAUAUUAAAUGUGUGUAACACAGGGGAUAAGAUGGUGGAGUGCCAGCUUGAAACCCAUAACCAUAAAAUGGUGACGUUCAAGUUUGACUUGGAUGGUGAUGCGCCGGAGGAAAUUGCUACUUACAUGGUGGAGAAUGAAUUCAUCUUGCAAAGUGAAAAAGAGACUUUUAUUGAGCAAAUGAAGGAUAUCAUUGAUAAAGCAGAAGAUAUGCUCAGUGAGGAUACAGAAGGAGAGCGAAGUUCUGACCAGGGAACAAGUCCCCAGCAAGAUGCAGAUAGGCUGGAAAUAAGCGAGGAGAAACGUCAGUCUCAAAUGAAGACACCUGUGUAUCAGCAAAACGUUUUGCAUACUGGAAAAAGGUGGUUUAUUAUAUGUCCAGUGGUGGAAAACCCUACUACAGAUGCCCCUGAGUUUUCUCCCCCAGUGCCUCCCAGUGCCCAGCAGACAGAAGGGCCAGACCUGGAGCAGUCAGAUGACCAGCCAGUGAGCUCUGCAGUGACAGAGGCCCCUGGGCUCGGGGCUGGCCAGCAGCUUCCCCUGCACACAGGGGUCAGUGACAGCCCCCUUGGAGCCACCCUGUCCUUGGCACCAGCUCCUGUUGCAGCAGUUCCCGCCAGCAUAGCGAGCCAGCCAGAAUUCCCAGCUCCAGCCCCGCUGGCAUCUGGCCCGAGCAUCGCAGAGCCCGUGAUGGCCGGCAGGGCUCAGCUGGAGUACCCCCAGCCCAGCCCCCCAGCCCCCCGAGCCUCGGGGCUGGAGGAGCCCCCCGAGGCCCUGGCCCCGCAGCUGCAGCCGCAGGCGGAGGAGCCGGCGUGCGUGCCCGACGUGGAGGUUGCCUGCUGCAGCGUGGGGCCGCCCGCGGCCGCGCCGGCGGCUCCGGGGCCGCUGCCCGCGCUCGCGGACGCCGCGGUGCUGGAGCGGCAGCCGGCGCCGCAGGGGCCGCACCUGCUGGAGGGCGGCCAGCCCAGCGCAGCGCUCCUCGGCCUCCAGUCCUUCCCUGCGGCCGCCGGCCCCGACGCGCUGGGCCUGGCGGGGUCCCAGCUCCAGAGCCCCACUCAGAUGCCGCUGGCCGCGUCCCAGCAGCUGCCGAUGGCGCAGGGCGGCACGGGGAUGGCCGGGGCGGGGCUCAGCCUGCUCCAGCAGCAGAACCCCCCCGGCACCGCUGAGUCUGAUGGCGAGGGCCCCCCCAGGGUGGACUUCGUGGACAACACGAUUAAAAGCCUUGAUGAGAAGCUUCGCAAUUUGCUGUACCAGGAAUAUGUUCCAACUUCUUCAGCAUCAGCAGGGACGCCAGACACCUCUGUGCCACCCGAACAGGGUGACGGUGAAUUUACCUUAUCCCCUUUUCCCGAAGAACAAGCUCCUGCCCCAGCGCUGGAUGGGAGAGAACAAGGCUAUAGCAUCCCGGACACCGGCCAGGAGGUGAAAGCUGCUGCUGAGCCGCUGGUGCCCCUCAUACCCUUUGAGUUGAACAAGCCGGAAGUCACUGGUGUGACUGCUCAUCCCUCAGAGCCAAGAGGUGGGUCAGCAGGCAGAACAGGUCCAGCCACAAGCAUCGCUUCAGCUCCUGCUGCUCCAGCUAAAGGCCUCCUUCAGGUUGCACCUCCAUCAUCAGGCACAGCUCCACAGACGGAGACUUUCCAGAGGAGCGAGGAGGCAGAGAGGAUGACUUUGCCCACACAUGCAGAGAGUGUAAUGCGGCGAGCGACAGCAGAUGGGGCGAUGAGUAACUUCCACAGGGAUGGCUCUGCAAGCUCUGGUUCCUAUGAAAAACAGGCUGAGGCUCAGGAGAGUGGCACACCAGCCAAAACCAUUGGCAGGUUUUCAGUCAUCAGCACGCAGGACGAAUUAACUUUAGCAGCACCGCAGUGCUUGAGGUUCUCGGCGCCCCCAGACGUGUACCUGGACAAGCUGCCCUCCAGCCCGGACAUGAAGGCUGCUGUCCGCAGGGUCCAGACGGCCUCUUCUGUGGACGUCCUGUGUGACCAGGCCUCGAGCGACUCUGCCGAUGAGCCCUUCCCACGGCAGCUGGCGGCUGCUGCAGCUGCACAGCUCUCCCCCCCUAGCAGCAGCACAGCCACAGACUUAAUCAAAAAAGCAGCUGCUUUCCUGCAGAGGUCUGCCAAAGGUGGCUCCCCUGGCCCAGAGUCGCCCAACGGGCAAGGUGCAAAGAUUCCUACCAUCAACAUCACGUCCUUCCACUCACAGUCGUCCUACAUGAGCAGUGACAAUGACUCGGAGUUUGAAGAUGCUGAUAUGAAGAAAGAAUUGCAGAACCUGAGAGAAAAGCAUAUGAAAGAGAUUGCUGAGCUGCAGACGCAGCAGAAGAACGAGAUAGAGGCACUGUAUAUUCGCCUGGGGAAACCCCUUCCUCCCAACCUGGGCUUCCUUCACUCUGCCCCACCAAGCAGCAGGCGCCGAAGAACCAGCAAAAACAAAUUGAAAGCUGGAAAACUCUUAAACCCUCUGGUCCAGCAGCUCAGGAGUGGAACAUCAAGCACAAGUAACCUUUCAGACUCUAAAGACUUGCCCCACAAAGAAAGCAGUAAUUCGCAGCCGGGCUUCCCCGCAGCCGCCGCAGUGCCUCCCGGCGCAGCCCCCGCCUUUGGCAAGGCUGUGCAGACCCAGCAGCCCUGCUCUGUCAAAGCCUCUCUGUCGUCUGACAUCUGCUCUGGCCUGGGCCCCGACGCAGCCGACGCCAGCACAGGCUCUGGCCAAGGCUGGACGGUUUUCCACCAAACGUCUGAGAGAGUGACCUAUAAAUCUAGUAGCAAACCUCGUACCAGAUUCCUCAGUGGACCUGUGUCUUUGUCCAUCUGGUCCACCUUGAAACGACUAUGUCUAGGCAAAGAUCACAGUAGUAGAUCCUCGACCAACAGCCUGGUGACGUGUCCUGAGCCCCUCCCACAGUCAACACUGCAGGUUCAGGCCAACAACAGUAACAACAAGAAAGGGACAUUCACAGACGACCUGCACAAGCUGGUGGACCAGUGGACGAGCAAAACUGUUGGAGCUGCACAGACAAAACCUUCUUUGAACCAACUGAAGCAGAACCAAAAAAGGCAAGACAUGGAGCCAAAGGCUAACCCCAUGCAAAUGCAGAAUGAGACAUGUGGACUUGCUUGGAGUAAGACUGGACAUGGAGAGGAGCUGCUGCCAUUGGCACUGUUCAUCUGCCACAGGGAUGCAAAGCUGGGCACUGAAGAUGGCAGGGAGAAACACUGCAGUGGUUUAAGGCUCUUUAGCAAAUCUAGAUUUAACCUCCCUGGAACAGAUGAAAAAAAAAUCUUUAAGAAAAUCUUUUAAAGAGGAAAUGUUGCCCAGAGAAGCUGUGGCUGCUCCUGGAUCCCUGGAAGUGUUCAAGGCAAGGUUGGAUGGGGCUUGGAGCAAUCUGGGAUAUAGUGGAAGGUGUCCCUGCCCAGGACAAGGAGUGGGAUGAGAUGGGCUUUAAGGUCUCUUCCAACUCAAACCAUUCUGGGAUUCUUUGAUUACUUAACCCCAUUACUCCAUAUCUGUCUUUACACUGCUCCACCGGUGCCUUCCGCUUUUCUCUGAAAUCCUUAACAUUAGCUGAGGGCAAGACAAGGGACUGAAUGGGUGAGAUGUGGCAUUGUCUGUGCUCCUGCAGAGUUACUUGUGUUUGGAACAGGGUGCUAAGAGACAGGAUUCCUAAAGUGAGCUUCUUCCUCCAGGGGCAGGUUUUGCUGUUUGGUGUUUGUGGGAGGAAAUCACUAAUUCUUUGAAUCAUUAGUUUAACUUGGCUUUGCCAAUGGUAGCUCUUUCCCUUCAAGCAUUUUUCAUUAUCCCAGUGCAUUACUAUCUGGUCUGGGAACAUGCAGAAUUUUUCCAGAGAAGCCCCAUGGACGUUUUUUGGGUCUGUGUUGCUUUUGUUCGGUUUGUGCAUAUUUGAGCAGGAAAAACAUCUGUCCUCACACAUGCCUUGGAAGUUGGCUUUGGAGAGUUGUAACCAGAAGUCUCCCUUCUAAAAUUUAUAUGACGUCAGUAUUGCUUUCCCUGUCAUGCCCACUCUCCCCACCACCCCCACUGUAAUGUAGGAAAAGGUUCAAGGCUUUUGGAGUGAGAUUGAUGUUAAUCAUCGGAAAUCAGCUAUUACAGCAAAAGCUUGCCUUGUGUUCUGCCUUGCUGCCUACUAGUCCCCCCCAAGUUUUCCAUGGCUGCUGUUGAAAUUGUUGGCUCGGAGACAGUCACACGUGAAACAGUUUCUGACUGUGUGUCACGUCCAGUAAGGUUUCCUUGUGUUCUCCAGUUCUUUGUCUGCCCUCCUCUGUCCUGAUUUUGGGUGAUUCCUGUGGGACAGUGUGGGCACGAUCUCUCUACAGAGUGUACAACAGGGAGAUCACACUCUUCUUGUCAUGGCUGGAUGAAUGUCUGAUAUGGGAUUAAAUUUAUAAAACAACAAAACCAUGAUUGUGUGUUUUUUCUGGCUAUGAUUAUUUAUCAUGGACUGAGUCCUUGAGGAGCACCUCAGUGGUUUGUGGUGUUGGGCACCUGACUGGUGCUUGGGCAGAUUCAGCUUCAGUGGAGUUGUCCGAUGUGCUGAUCUCUGUUACUAUUGUAUCCCUGACAGUCAGUUUCCUGUCUGUAUACCCUAGAAAUGAAUACCCCAGUUUGUUGAUCUGGUGGGAAUUGUGCUGUGACUCAUAUGUGUGCUUUUUGGCAGGGGCGACAUUUCUGGCUAUGGAGUGCUCCCUGUAGAUUCAGCAGGACAGGGAUGUUCCAGCCCCAGCCAUGCUGCUGCCGGGCUCCAGAAGUGCGUUGUAAUGAGAUCGAUUUUAGGGCCUGUCAGGCUGCGAAUUCUGCUUUAUGAAGGAAUUUGUGCUCAGAGGGGUCUGGAUGUGCUGCACUGCUGACUGUGUGAGCAGUGGCUGUGUGAGCACAGAGAUCACUUACACCUGAUUCAGGUGGAAGUCAGGCUCGGACCAGGAGGUGGCUGCUGUUGGGAGUGAUGUGAUUCUCUCUGCUCCCUUCUCAGGGGUAGUUGUGUGCCAUCAAGGCUGUUUCAGUCUGACACACAAAGUCUCAGGAAGCUUUAGGGCUCACUUGGUCACUGUGGAGAAGCUGUUCAUAGACAAUACCCUAUGAUUUGAUAAAGUAUGUAUUACAACAGUGAAAUUCUUGUGAGAAACUCUUGAUUUUUCCAAAUCUGGUAAGCAUAGAGCACUUGGAUGAAUUUCUUUUCUUUGUGCAACAGGAUGAAUGCAUGGUGAAUAUUGAGCACAUUGUUGUAGUCAUAAGGCAGAGGGAAAAGUUAGGAUUGUUUUUUCCCCUCAGAAAGGAGCACAUUCCUACACUUUGCCUUUCAUGACUGAGGCACCACUUGAGCACUAGCUAUGGCACUGCGGCUUUUGAAGAGCUGGGCAUGAUGAGAGCCUCUCCAGACACUCUUCAGGGGACUUCUCUGGGCCUGUUGCAGUUUUUGUGAGACAUUUUUUGCCCUGGCACCUUGUAAAAACUUAGGAGAUUUAGAAGGAAAUAACCAGCUGCCAGUCCUUCUCAAAUGGGGAUUCUUCAGGUCUAACAUAAAAUAGUCCCAAAAAGUAUUUAUUUUCUCUGGUGUUUUUUUCCAAUGACUUUGCAAACAAAGUAAAAACUUCCUCAGCAUUUCUAGUUUGUUUACCAGACUAGACAGAGUGAACCUGGUAUCUUUGUCCCCGUUAGGCAGCAGCUACAGGGUAUGCCAUGGCUGCCUUUUCCCACAGUUCUGCUGUCACUGAACAAACUGGUGGGUAACUGCGCUCCCUGACCUCUCCAGCACUGCUGCCCACCCCGCCUGGGAAAGCUCAGGCUGACUGAGCCUGGAGUAAGAAGUGGGGUGUUUGCCCAUGGCUGAGCACCAGUGGGGGUUUGUUUUAGGAGCUAAGUGCCUGGUGAGCUGGCUCUGCUCUGGGUGUUGUAGCAGCCAGAUUUUGUUUUUCCCAGUUACUUGGAGAUAGUUAAUUUUGUCCUGUUUUCCUGGAUGAAACUCCACGCCGCAUGCUGGUUACCCACCGUGAGCAGGUGCUGGGGUAGAUCCAGGCAGAUUUUCAGAGCUGACGUUGAUCAGAAGCUUGAGGAGGAAUUAGGAAGACAUAAUUUUCCUUCUCUUAAAAGUCAGUUCUUCCCAUGAACAGGCAGAGCAGGCAAUACAGGAGGGAGAAAGUUAGGGCUGCGUCUAACAACCACAAAGCCCAGACCGCAGAGACCCAGCAGAAGCUGUGCCAGAUCCUGGCAGUGUCUGCACUGUGUGCUGUCCCCAGCAUCCCCUGCCUCCCCUGCCGCUCCAGGGACUCCCUGCAUGAGCUCUGAGUGCUUCCCGAAGCUGUCUGCUUUGUCAGACCUGUCUGUGCUGCCCCUCCAAGCAGUGUUCAUGUGUUUGUCUGUCUGUGGAGCUGUGUCUGGGGUGCAUGUCCCCCAGCACGUCCCCACCAUGGCCAGUGCGUGUGGUGGGCAUGUGGUGUGGGCUGGGGAGCACCAGGUGCCAGCCUGUGCUGCUGCUGCCUCAGUGAUGUGCUGCUCUCGGUGCCUGCCUUGCCUUUUACCCUGCUCCUGUCAUUGCUGUGCCCUUCACGUCUGUCCAAGCACCUUCCCCGUGCUCUGCUCUUGGGGCAGCCGAUGGAUCCCAUCCCUGCCAGGGUGGGGCACGGCAUCCCUGAGGCCCUGCUGCAGGGAGGUCUCUUCCAGCCCACCCAUUCUGUGGGACAAGGGAGCCAAGCCUGCAGGUGUGGGGAUCCUGCAGGUGCCCUGACCUGCCCUGGCAGCCCCACCCUCCUCUGACACUGCGCACAGCCUCACCCCCAUCUCCCCUCCUCCCGACAAACUGAGCCAAAUGCCAGCUGGCUCUGCUGGCCCUUUCCAUCUCUGCCUCCUGGGAGCCUGGCUCUCCCCCCACAGGAGUGAGAGCUCUGCUCUGAGGACCCUGUGAGUUGCUGAGGUUCUGCCAGCAAAAGAAAUGGUGUACACACCUGAACUCUCAGCACAAGCACCCAUCUCUGCCUCUGUUUCCAGGGAGUGGGACCCAGAGUGCACUCCGGCAGCAGCACCUCACACACUUGAGGUGCCCUAACUCACAUGGCCUUUUUGGGUUUGGUUUGUGUUUUCCUAGAUGUGAAAUCCAUAUGUGGAUUUUUUUCUUUUAGAUUCUGAAAAUGAGACCAUCAGUGACUGACACGUGGCCCCCACAGCUACAGUGCCAAGUGCAAGGCCCUGCCACGGCCAAGGAGGAGGAAGAGGAAGAUGGGAAAUGAUUUAUCGUGUGUGAGGAAUUCUGUGCUGUUCUGGUCCAUUCAAUGCUAUUUUGUAAUUUCUUUCUAAUAUUUUUUUUAUUUAUAGUUGGAAAUACAAAAAUGUUAUGCAAUAAAAAAUAAAGGAGAAUUAUUUUGGGGGAAAA